AUGUCUUCACAGCUCAUUCCUAUCAAGGAUCAAACAGCUUUGGUCCUAGAGGACGGGCGAGUAUAUAAGAUUCAGCAUAGGCGACAGCGGAAAAUUUUGAGUUGCGUUGCUUGCCAUAGACGAAAGAUAAAGUGCACGCGGGAAACGCCUAAAUGCUCAAUUUGUAUCAAAAGGAACAUCGAAUGCCAUUAUUUUCUCAACGACCGUGUGUCCAGAGGCGGCCGACCGCCUUCGAAGUCGGGCCAUACCUAUGCGGCUGAUACUGGUGGACCACACGAUUCGAACAUUCAAGAUCCGAUUGAAAAGAAGCGACACUUGCUCAUGGCCAUCGAAAAAGCUAAAACUCUAGUUAAUGACAAUAAAACGCCAUUGGGGCUGCAAGUCGGCCAAGACAGUCGCAUCGAAACAGCAACGCAGAGGGACACCGAAACAACAUUUCCUAGUGUGCCAAGUUCUUCCUUUGCACCGUUAGAUAACUCUCAAACUAGCGCUCAGCUGAAACCGUAUUCUAUUCCUGCUUUCAGCGGGCCCACGAUGUCACCUCCUCUUUAUUUCGCCCCAAGCCAACCUAGUCCGCUUCUCUCCUUUGGAAAAGACCUGCAAGGCUAUCUACCGUCUGCUGAGAGAGCACAUGAACUAUUUGAGAUUUUCAGGACGGUGGUGCAUCCAAUUAUUCCCUUGUUGGAUAUUCCAAAGUUUAUCCAAGAUCAAGAGCUUUUUUGGAUACAAAAGUUCCAAGGUGAGACGAACCAAACGAAUUUUUUAGUAAUACUUUUUCCAGUGCUUUACGCAGCGUCUAAAGCACAGUUUCAUCAAUGCGACGGUAACGAUGCCUAUUUCCAGGAGAUGUCACGUUAUUUGGAAGCUACUAACGUGUUAUAUGCGCUUCACGACUUUCCAAACACCUUCAACAUUAAAAUGGUAACGGGUUCUGUCUUAAUAAACUCAGUAAUUGAAAAUCCAAGCAUCACCGCUAUUGGACAGCUCUCUCGUCUGGCCCAACGAACUUUGCUCACACGCGAUCCUGCAUUAUAUCAUCAAAUUACAGACGAGCGCACUAUUCAAUGCCGCAGAAUUUUAUUUUGGCAAAUAUUCCAGCUCGACACCAUGACUUCUCUAUACAAUAAUUUACCACCUUUGAUCAAGGCAGACGAUUUUGACACCGCCAGCCCAGAGGAGGUCAUCCAAGGGGAAUUGGAACCUGCUUUACUGCUUCUAAAUGCAAAGCAACGGUUUAUUCUGUUGUUGAAUGAGCUAUGCGCGUCCACAGAUAGAGGUACAUUUCAGGGCCUGAAGGAAAGAAUCGUGGACCUUCAUACGUGCUGCAUGGACAGAGCUCUAUUAUUGAGCAAUCAUAGUAGGAGAAUACGUCCAUUAAGUCAACACGAGGGAAAGUUUAUUGAAUGGGCUGUUUUUAUGCUUAACACAUUUGCAGACCGGUCUCUUUUGCUGCUUCACUUGAAUAUAAUAAAAACGUCUCUACCAAUGCUUAUGAAAAGACGACAAAUUAUGACACAAGCGAAUGACGACAAAAGCGGGAAAACGUACAAUCCUAUAGCAGAAAGCGGCUAUGGGAAAAAUUUCUUAACUAUUCAGGCCAUUUUAAAUGAUAGUGGCAAUCUUCCUCUCGACCAUAAAGAAACACCCGAUGGCCUGAUCAAUGCGAGUUUAGUUUACAACUACGAGGAUUUGACCAAUAACUUAAUUCCCGCAUCACUUCAUUACUUAGAUGAAUUUCUAAAAUACCACACAGACUCCACGUUUUCCUGUUUCAACUGGGAGUUGAUGGUUGGUAAUAUGCCAAUCAACGCAAUCACAUUUACAAUAAAGACUUUAGCGUUGGACUUGAAUCGGGCUCAUCGAAUGAGCAAGCUCUUUGCAUUACAAAAUGAUUUAAGGUAUGUUAUUCUAUCACAAGCCAUUCCCGUGGCCGAAAUGAAAGUCGAUGCUAAAACAGCAGUGUGUAAAAACUGCUUUCAGCUCAUUAAACUUUUGUUCAGGUUGAUAAUAGUGAAGCACCGCGUUUCUGUCAGAGCUCUGUCCGGUACCCAAAUGUCCGCUUCUCAACUUUUUCACAGCAAGUAUGAUAUUGGUACGUUUCCACUGAGCACACCGGAGGCAGGGGUGAUUCCUCGGCCCAAUAUUGGUUCUACUGGUGGACCUUCCGGCACAUCUGACAUUUCGAGCCCUCCAAUCAACCCAACCAGCGACGUAGGGAGUGGUUCCGAUCGAUUAUUGCGUAUAACUAACAUCAUUAAUGGUGAAGAUAUUUUCAACGACGGCUUCACAUUUUCUGGCAACCUUAUCUACAACAACGAUGCAUCUAAUUCCUCUAAUGUCUCGCUGUGUGCUCAAAUUGCUCCACGUACAAUGCGUGCACUAGCGUCAAGUCCCCCACCUCAGCACCCAAUGCUCUCGAUAUUCGGUGAAUAUGGCAUUCCUGGGCAACAGCCCAAUAAUCUGGAACAAGGAGUUCCUUUGAACACUUGUUUUGAGAAUACCUAUGAGUAUGGCAACAUCACGAGCUCAGCGCAACCCUCUGCAGCGGCAGCUGCACCAAGAUCGACCCCCAGUAUAGAACCAAGUCUUCCCCAUUACAAGCCACUGGUGGGUACCUCAUCAGACUAUACUUCGGUAGUCACGUCUCUAGGGGACUUCCAAAUUGAGCUGGAUUGUAUACGCAAGGAAGUUGAGCAAUAUAUAAUAUUGUUAAACCGGGAUAGAGGAGACCUCGAGGGAAUUGGUUCUGGCGAUGACUAUUAUCGUGAGUUCGAAAAUGCCCUGCUUGAAAUAAUUUGUGGGAUCUUGGCAGUUUGA